UACUCAUGAAGGGGCAGUAGACAGAGGUCAUGGAAAUAGGUUCGGGCUCAAUGACAGACUCAGGUGGUUCUUCCGCCAACUCCUCCACCGAGUCACUCAACGGCUUGAAAUUCGGUCAAAAGAUCUACUUCGAGAAUACAGCAGCAGCAGCAGCAGCAGCUGCUGGUGUUGAUGGUGGGACCCCAACCAAACCAGGUCCCGGGUCUUCAAGCUCAUCCGGGUCGGGUAAGAAGCCCAGGUGUGGAAUUGUGCAGAGUGCUCCACCCCCAAGAUGUCAAGUGGAAGGGUGCCAAGUGGAUCUGAGUGAUGCUAAAGCUUACUAUUCAAGGCAUAAAGUUUGUGGUAUGCACUCUAAGGCGCCUAAAGUCAUUGUUGCUGGUCUUGAGCAAAGGUUUUGUCAGCAGUGUAGCAGAUUUCAUCAGCUUCCUGAAUUUGACCAAGAGAAACGGAGCUGCCGUAGACGGCUAGCAGGUCAUAAUGAGCGAAGGAGGAAACCACCACUGGGAUCAUUAUUAUCCUCUCGUUAUGACCGUCUUUCUUCAUCCAUUAUCGAAACCGGCAACAGAGGUGGAAGCUUUAUCAUGGAUUUCACGGCUUACCCAAGGCUUUCCAGGAGGGAUGUGUGGCCGACAUCGAGAUCAUCAGAACACGUAUCUGCAAACCAAAACACAGCUACAGGAUGGGUUCCAAAUCCAUGGCAAAACAAUUCAGAGGAUCUUUCGUCGAACCUUUUCCUGCAGGGAACUCCAGCUGAGACUGGCUUUUCUAGUGCUGGGAUUCCUUCGGGAGAAUGCUUAGCAGGAGUUAUUGAUUCAAACCGUGCUCUCUCUCUUCUGUCAAAUCAGCCAUGGGGCUCCAGAAAUCAGGCAUUGUCUCCUGGGAUAAACGACAUGAUAAAUUCCGAGGUCUCUUCUCCUGUGUCUCAACCAGCAAUGCCUCAUGGUGCAAUUAUGAACCCCUAUUCAAACAUAUCUUGGGGUUUCAAAGGCAACAACUCCGGUAGUAGUUCUCACAAGAUACCGCCUCAUCUCGGUCUGGCCCAGUUCUCAGAGCCUAUUAACAGUCAGUUUUCCGGUGGGCUUCACCAAAGCAGGAGGCAAUACAUGGAACUUGAGCCGCCUGACAUGGACGACACCUCCAUGCAGCAUAUUCACCGCACUCUCUAGGUUUGCCGUGAUUCUCGUUACUGUGGAUGUUGGCAUGUUGUUGUGCCUGAACCUAUGCGUGUACUUUUCAGUGUUUAUGCCUUCGGUUUUCCGCUCUAUGCGGGUGCAAAUGUUGGUUUGUUCAUG